UCAUCUGAUUACUGGCUCGCCAGCAUCGAUCGCAGCAACGGUUCAGUCUGGGGUAACGACGACGCAAGCUACAAGAUCUUCCGCAACGUCGUCUCCGACUAUGGCGCAGAUCCUUCCGGCAACUCCGACUCCACCGAAGCCAUCAACAAGGCCAUUGCCGACGGCAAUCGCUGUGGCUUUGACUGCGGCUCCUCAACUGUCCACCCGGCCAUCGUCUACUUCCCUCCCGGCACAUACUCCGUCUCCAAGCCAAUUCAGAUGUUCUACUACACUCAGAUGAUUGGCGAUGCGAACAACUUGCCCAUCAUCAAGAUGACCAGCAGCUUCGAGGGAAUGGCCAUGUUCGAUGCAGAUCCCUACACCAACAACGGCACCAACUGGUACAUCAACCAGAACAACUUCUUCCGCCAAGUUCGAAACUUCGAGUUCAACAUGGAAGAUGGUCCAAUCGGUGGUGCUGGAAUCCACUGGCAAGUCGCUCAGGCAACCUCACUCCAGAACUUGGUCUUCCGCAUGAAGAAGGGCAGCAACCAGCAGGGCAUGUUCAUGGACAACGGCAGUGGUGGUUGGAUCAGUGACUGCAAGUUCAUCGGUGGCAAAUUUGGUGCCUUCCUUGGAAGCCAGCAGUUCACCACCCGCAACCUCGAGUUCCAGGACUGCGACACCGCCAUCUAUAUGAACUGGAACUGGGGCUGGACGCUGAGCAACAUUACGAUUUCUGGCUCUCGGGUCGGCAUCGACAUGGCAAACAGCCCGGCAAACCUGACCACCGGCUCGAUCAUCCUGUCCGACAGCACAAUCACCAAUACCCAGUACGGUGUCAACACGUCUUACAGUCUCACCGACAACCUUCCCGUCACUGGCAAUACACUCGUUCUGGACAAUUGCGACAUGUCUGGAGUCACGACUGCCGCCGUAUGGGCCCACAAGAACCCCGAAGGCAAGCAGGCCAUUGUUGCCCCCAGCAUGAUCAAGACUUGGGCCCAGGGCAAUGGCUUCACUCAGAGCGCUACCAGCAACGCAACCCAGGGCGAGAUUGCCAGUCCUUCCAAAGCAGCUUCUCUCCUUGGCCCGGACGGCAAGAUCUUUGCCCGCAGCAAGCCGCAAUACGAGGACGUGCCAGCAAACAAGUUCAUCUCGGCCAAGGCGAAUGGAUGCAAGGGUGAUGGCGAGACAGACGACACCGCAGCCAUGCAGAAAUUCCUCAAGACUGUCGCCGCUCAACCAGGCGCCAUUGCUUACUUCGAUCAUGGUGCAUAUUUGGUCAACGACACUGUGACCAUCCCUGAUGAGAUCAAGAUCACCGGCGAGGUCUGGCCAUUGAUCGUCGCCAACGGCGCCGGAUUCAGCGACAUCGCCAACCCCAAGCCUGUCUGGCAGGUCGGCAAGCCCGGUGGCACUGGUGCAGUCGAGAUCUCCGAACUCAUGUUCGAGACCAAGGGACCUGCUCCUGGCGCAGUCAUGAUCGAGUGGAACCUCAACUCCAAGGCCGGCGACUCAGGCAUGUGGGACUGCCACGUCCGCAUUGGUGGUUCCGCCAACACCCAGCUGUCCGAAGAUCAGUGUCCCGGAACACCUACCACCAACCCGGAUCCGAAAUGCUACGGCGUCUUCCUCAUGUUCCACGCCACGCCUCAAUCCGGCGGAGUCUACCUCGAGAACAACUGGCACUGGGUGGCUGACCACGACCUUGAAGUCGCCAACCAGACGCAAAUCUCCAUCUACUCCGCCCGCGGCACUCUGAUUCAAUCUCAAGGUCCCGUCUGGCUCUGGGGUUCCGCCUCCGAACACUCCGUCCUCUACAACUACCAGAUCGACGGCGCCGAAGCCGUCUUCGGCGGUUUCAUGCAAUCGGAGACACCCUACUUCCAACCCAACCCUCUCGCCACCGAGCCCUUCGCCGUCGACGCCCGCUACAACGAUCCCACCUUUGGCGUCUGUCCCGAUGGCAGCACCAGCUCCCGCGGCGUGCCUUGCAAAGACGCUUGGGGUUUGAGAAUCAUGAACAGCCGCGGUGUCCUCAUCUACGCGACCGGGUUCUACUCGUUCUUCAACAACUACCAGCAGACUUGCACGCCUUUGCAGAAUUGUCAGGAGUACAUGAUCCGCAUCAUGAACAGCCAGGUGGACAUGUACACGGUCACGACCAAGGCGGCGGUUAACAUGAUCUUGGAUGAUAAGGUUGGACAGCCGUUGAUUGCGGAGCCGAAUCAUUCGGUGUUUGGAGAUACUAUUGCGUGGUAU